AUGACACUUCCAGAUACCAGUUCUACGAAAGGCCAAUCUACAAUCAGCGAAUUAAGCGCUAGAAACGCAGACCUAAUGAGCCAACUCGAAGAACGAAACACGCAGCUCUCCGCUCUGCAAGCAACCCUGAUGCGCUCCAAUAGUGUGCCUCCGUCUCUAGAUGAUCGUAGCAUAGCCUCGCGGUUUAAGCAGCUAGAGCAGGAAUUGAAAGACUGGAUCAUUAUACACUUCAAAUCCACUGAACAGCGCCCCGAUCUUUCACCAGAGUUGCGAGAGAUAUUGAUUUCCCAGGUUCCACUAUUUGAUCGGUUGCUGCAGCAGCCCAGAUCCCGAACAAUGGUACUCCGCGCGGUCGCCGGGCACGUUAUCCAGAAAGCAUUUGAGAGUGGGGAGUUUGUCGGGGUUGGGGAUGGCCUUGUAGCUAUGGAAACGGGCUUGGGAAGGCAUAGUGAGUCCUUACUUAUGCCAAUCCCCAUCGGGAUACAAAACUAAUAAAGUUCAGCUUCAGGAGCUGAGUUCAACAAGUGGCGCUCCCAAACAUUCAUCAUGCUCUCGAAGGCCUUCACCACGGAAUCCAAAGCACAUGUCGUCACGACUAUCUCCCAACGCCUAGACAACCUGUUAUCCCCCUUCGCCACAACCACAAGCCAGCCCGAGCGCCUGCAUUUUCUUUCCCGCAUCGUAGAAUCCGCUGCCACGCUCUCCCUGGACCUUGGCUGCCAAAUCGCCAAGUUUAAGGUCCUAUCGGAGCCCGCCGAGGCUCAGUUUCGUUGUGCUCAAAUGGAGGACGUGUACCAGGAGCACGAGACACAUGUUGAUCCGCACACCGGACAGCCAGUAAACGCACUAGAUGGGAAGACUAUUCAGGCAGUGGUGUUUCCGAGCGUGAUCAAGUGGGGAACUGAGCGGGGGGAGAAUUAUGAUGAGAUGAAGGUGCUUUUGAAGGCUAGAGUUUUGGCUUGA